ACACUAGUCGCCAUUGUUUAACAAGUCGGAAAAAUAGAGAUAUAACAGAGUGUAUCCUCAGAGUGCCCAACAGUACGGACGUUACCCACAAUUAUUUAAAAUAAAGACAUUGAUGUCGAUGGACAACGGGAACAAAAAGAAAAGCCGGGUUGGUGAAGACGAUGAAGAAAUCGAACCGUAUGGAUGCUGCUGUUUCAAACCAAAAUGCCUGCAAGUCUUCAAUAAAAUCCAGUGGAACGUCUUCUGGCAGUGCAUAUUCAACUUUUUUGAAGGAUUCAUUGUAAAUGGCGUCGUCAACGUAAUUAUUCCAGCGUUGGAGAAGAGAUACAGUCUAUCCAGUCAACGCUCUGCUAUCAUCGCGUCUGGAAAUGACUUUGGAGCUUUUAUUUUCUUUGUAUUCAUUGGGUACAUUGGGGAACGUGUGCAUAAACCUAAACUAAUGGCAGCGGGGGUGUUGGUGAUGUCGCUCGGGAGUUUUGUCUUUCUCUUACCUCACUUUAUCGGAGAAAAAUAUCACUAUACUCUUUCGGAAAACAAUGGGAUAAAUAACAGUACAGGAGCCAUGUGUAAUUUAGACCAUGCGUCGGAACAAUGUGAAACAACUGCGUCAGACACGUCGUCCUAUGUCGGGUAUUACGCUAUGUUCAUUUUAGGACAAAUGUUCCAUGGAAUAGGAGCGGUGCCUAUGUUUACCAUAGCCUUGACAUAUAUUGAUGAAAAUUGUAAACAUAAAAUGACGUCUUUUUACGUCUCCUUGACCUUCUGUUCCGCUGCUGUUGGCGUGGCCGUUGGUUACAUUGUUGGAGGUCAAACACUCGAGUAUUUUGUGGACAUUGAUAAAGUUCCUCAAUCUGCGGUUGAUUUGACCCCGAAUGACCCCCAAUGGGUAGGAGCCUGGUGGAUUGGAAUAGUCAUGAGCUUUUUCGCCUUUUUCUUUAUUGUACUACCGACUUUGGGCUUUCCAAAACGUUUACCAGGAUAUAAAGAGCUUCAGAAGACGAAAAUAUCAGAGGCAUAUGACUCCGGAAAAAACGACGAAGCAACCACAAGACCAGAUUUUGGCACGAAAUUUAAGGACAUUCCAAAAGCAGUUUGGCUGCUGCUAAAGAAUCCCACGUUUGUUUUCAUCAUGCUAGGAGCUACAAUAGAAUUGCUGGUGGUCGGCGGACUUGCUGUGUUUGGGGCCAAACUUAUUCAUGUUUUGUUCAACGUUGAUUUAACAACCGCGGGAAGUGUUAUGGGUAUCAUAACUAUUCCCGGAUCUGGAGGGGGUAUGCUUCUGGGAGGGUAUAUACCCAAGAAACUGAAACUGCGAUGUCGUGGAAUCAUCCGACUAUGCUUCAUUUGUAUGGCUAUUUGUCUUUUGUUUUCUCCUACAUUUCUUAUUAACUGUCCUGAUCAACCAAUAAGUGGACUGGAUACUCCAUACAUAAAACAGAGUGGUAUACAGGGAUUGGAUGCAAAUUGUAACAAAAAUUGCGGAUGUACAACUUCAGCAUUUGAACCAAUCUGUGAUUCAAACCAAACCGUUUAUUUUUCCCCUUGUCACGCAGGUUGCACAAAUGUAACGUUUGUUAAUGGUGAAAAGUCAUACUACAACUGUUCGUGUAUAUCGACACCAAACAAUACUUCCGUUGCUGACGCCAUUAACGGAAGCUGCACAGAAAAGUGCCAGUGGUUUUACGCUUUUUGUGUUUUGUUAUUUGGCAUAAUGUUUUUCACCUUCAUGACAAUGUCCCCAGUCGUGACAGCAAUUUUCAGAUGUGUUCCCGACAAUCAGAGAUCUCUAGCAUUAGGACUACAGCUUUUAAUUGGUCGUCUUUUAGGAACAACUCCAGGACCCAUUUUUCUUGGAUACAUCAUUGACAGUACCUGUACAAUCUGGCAAGAAGAUUGUGGCAAAACCGGCUCGUGUUGGACCUACAACAAACAUGACCUUGGUGUGCGCAUAUUGAUUUGGUGGCUGGCUUUAAAAGUCGUUGGGGUUAUAUUUUUCUACAUUGCAUACAGACUAUAUAAGCCACCUCCUAUUGAAGACAAGAGUCAAAAUAUGGACAUAAAUACAAUCCAAAAUAAUGCUACGAAAGAUGAAACCAAGUUGUAGUCUUACAUUUGCGUUUACGUAGUUUUACCCAAAGUAUUGUAGCUCAUUUUAUGUAAUUUUAAAAUAUAUUUAAAACUUCCGAUCAGUUUAUUAAAUUUCGUUUUUGUUUUAUUUUAUCGGUGUUUGGUUGUCUGUGGUUAUCUGAUGGCUGAUAUUUAAUAAAAAUUUACAAAAACUGA